CAAAGGGCUCAGUGCAGCAGAACCCAGCUCCAGCACUUCCUCCUCUCUGCCAGCGGCUACCUUUCCCAGAGCUGGUCACCCAGGCCAUCCAUGGAAACCUUCUAUUCUGCCCUUCAGGAUGAGAUCCAUGCCUUUGAGGCACAUGUGCAAAGCUGCCAGAAAGACUUUGACGUGCACACGCUUUACCACGUGCUGCUACUGUUGCUCCCCGGGAGCCUGACCUGGGAGGUGAAAAGCCUAGAGCAGCUGGAAAAGCUUGUCGCAGGCAGGGACUGGCCAGGCCAGGACACCAUGAAAAUUACAGGCAGCGCUGAGAGUUGUGAUGUCCCUGGCUAUGUUGCCUGGCUCAGCUCCUACUUGGGGUACUUAAAUGCUUUAAAAGAGACGUUUGAUGCCAAGGUCGUGUUCCCUUUGUGUGAGCACCUGUAUGUCCACGAUGAGCUGGAUGUCAGGGCUGAGCGCCAGUCUCCCGUGGGUUCCCGCAGCAGGUCUGGUGCUGGGCAUAGGGGGGAGAAGAGGCCCCAUGCUGUGACCUCCAUUGCAGAUAUUGCCAAGCAACUGUUUGCUGUCAGGAGGAAGUGGGCCUUGCUGCUCAACCAGCGGGUGAUUGAUGACCGAGUCUUCAGCCCCCAGAGUUUGUGCGCCCUGCGGGGCUUUGCCAACAUUGACCCUGUCGUGAAGGUUCUGAGGCUGGUCCCUGACAUCUUUCACAAGAGCUUGGCUACAGCAGCGCUUGCCAGGCGGUGGCUCAGUCUCCAUGGAAGCAGAUACAGCAUCUUCCAGCUGCCAUCAGAACCAGGCCAGGAGAAGGGCAAGUGUAGAACUGGGCUGGCUCCUGGCACCUCUGAGCCCUGGAGGAAUGGAGUGGCCAUAUGCCUUCCUGAGUCUGCCAAUGGGUGCAGCAGUUUCUCAGGAGGCCAGUUACUUUCCAGACCCAAGAGAAGCAGCAGCAGCUUCAGCUCCCAUGAUGGAGGUGGCUGGCUGGGCAACAUCAGUGCAAUGCGAACCAAGCUGCGGGAGAGUCGAGAGGAGCUGAUGGCCCUGCUCGGGCGAGUGGAACGUGCUGGAAUGCUGGAAAUUCAGCUGCACGAGCUAACCCAGAGCAUCUCCAGCCUGCAGCUAGAGCAGCAAGACACAAGGCACAAGCUGGACAACUUCCAGCAAAGACUGGAGCAGGCAGACUGGGACAUGCCUGGCAGCAUACCGCUGCUUAGCAGCCAGUGCCAGGCAAUGCUCAGACAGCUGGAGGACCUGGGGCGGCACGUGGAGCUGGAGGAGUAUCAUAAGAGCAUCUUGCAGAGCGACUGGCUGCUGGAGCUGGAGCUGAGACCAUGUCUUAUUCGGCAGCUUGAUGCAUUGCAGCUGCACUGCAGAGAGCUGGAGCAAUUGCUACAGGCCAGGGACCAGGCCACACUACAGCAUCUCCUGCCAGCAAGUAGGACUGACUCUGCUUCCCUGUGUGACUCAGGGCAUUGCUCUACCACGUCUCCCAUGCUGACUAAUAAAGCCUGAGUCCUGCCUUUGGGGAGGGACAAUGGCAGGAGGGACUGGACCCCAUUUUGCUGCCUCUGUUAAUUGAUAGACUCCAUGUGUAUGUGCGUUGCUCAAUGCACAUGUGUCUGCCCCACCACCUGCUGCUGGAUGGAGUCUGACCUGCGUCUCUGACUUGCCUUCCAGGGGUGGAGGACCCACAGCUGCUGCUGCCAGCAGCUCUCUGAGAUUUGGGGGCACAAGUUUCAGGAACAGCAGUUAAACCUGGAAAGGUGAGAGCAAGAGGGACUCAGUUCCCCAAUGUGUGACCACAAGAAAUAAUGUAGCUGCCCAGCAGAGUCCAGGCCCCCUAGGCCAGCUCAGUGGUCCUGAGGAACAAAGCCAAAAGCCUUGAGCAGCCAACAUCUCCCCCUCCCUCCCAGGAACAUUCCUUCUUAAACCCAAAUGUAUGACCCACUUUAUCCUUCCCUGCAGUGUCCCUGUCAUCCAAACACUCAGCCCACAUGCCACCUGAGACCUGCACAGCACCAGCUCUAGACUCUGCCACCAGAGGGGGCAGGAAAUGCACCCGGGGUGGGGGUGGGUAUGUGUGUCUCACCCAAAGCUGUUCCAGUUGCCUAGGGCUGGAGCUAUCCAAAUUAAAUGCCAUCAGCAAAGGCCUAGGCCAGCCCAGUUCUAGGGCCUCCAUCCACAAGUUUAGCAAUAGCAGCCUCAGUCUGGGCCCUCAGAGCACCCUCCUAGGGAUCUUUGCCCCCCUAUUGCUUCCCCAUGAUCCCAGACAGCAUGAGUUAAAAUGGUGUCCUCCGCACAGCGUGAGUUUGCAUGCACCGUAUCCAUGGAGUCACAUUGUAUGGAGGAUGCCAGUUAACAGCCCAAAAUGGCAUCCUCCAUACACUUGGGCUUGCCGCUGCCCCUGCCAGAACGACCCCACUUGGGGCCACGACCCAGACUUUUGGAACUGCUCCGCUUGCCAUUUGUAACCUGGUUGAUGCCCCACAUCUCAGGCCCAGUUUGGCCAGGCUGAGACUUGAAUGUUUGUGGCGUUUACAUCCUUGUCCUGGGCACUGAAUUCUGCUGCAUGAGUCUGGGGUAGCUGGAGACUGGGCAGCCACUCCCAUGACCCCUGGGUCCAGUCAUUUCCGCUGUAGGCAAGAUUCCCUGUAACGCCAAGCAGUUCAGUGCCACGGCAGCGAUGCUGGUGAUGGGAGAGUGUGAGCAGCUUGCCUUCAUAGGUGCCUCCCCUCAGCAA